AUGGUGUUGCUGGAGGCUUGGUCGUUAGAGAAGAUUCGGCGAGUGUUGGAGGCGAAAGACUCUCAGAUUGUCGACCGGAUGAUGGCGUUGUUUUACGCGCGGUUUCAUAAUCGGCCUGAGUCUGUGGACGCGUUGGCAGCGGGGUUGUGGCACGAAUCGGUAUUACUGCGGCACGAGAUUGCGUACGUGUUGGGGCAAAUGUCGCAGCCGAGUGCAUUACCGAUCUUGAUUCGUUUGGCGAAUGACUUAGAAGAGCACGCCAUGGUACGUCAUGAAGCAGGGGAGGCGCUGCAUGCCUUGGGGGUGAUAAGCGACGAUGUAUUCAAGUGCGUUGCGCAACAUCUACAGGACCCCUGCGACCCCGUGCGACAGACCUUUGAGCUCGUCCAAAUUGGACUGGAAAAGAAACUGGAAAAGUUCCGCAGAGAGCAAGGACAAGAGCAAGGACACCAGGAGGGACACCAGGAGGGACACGAAGACGGACAAGAGCAAGGACACCAGGAGGGACAUGAAGAGGGACACCAGGAGGGACACGAGGAGGGACAUGAAGAGGGACAUGAAGACGGACACGAAGAGGGACACGAGGAGGGACAUGAAGACGGACAUGAAGACGGACAUGAAGAGGGACACGAAGAGGGAACUGCGGAAUGGUCUUUUAAACAAGUGGCCGCAAAGCCUGCAGCAGAUCCGAGCAAGGGUUUUUAUAUCUUUACGGCAUCUGCGCGUAAAGACGACGAGGCCGCCGUACCUGCUGGCUUCAUUACCACCAAAGACCCAGCGGAAGGCGACGUCUCUAGACAAAAGGCCGAAUGUGUGGAAGAUCUGGGCCGCACACUCUGUGACGAAACGGCCCCGCUUUGGGACCGCUACGUUGCCAUGUUUACUCUGCGCAACAUCAACACGGCCACAGCUGCUUGGCAACUGGCACUCGCCCUGGAUGAACAAAGUUCCGCUUUGUUGCGACACGAAGUCUGCUUCGUCCUGGGGCAAAUGCAAUUGCCAUGUUGCGUUGACAAACUCAUCGAACGUGUUGCAGACAUUAAGGAAGCAUCCAUGGCUAGACACGAAGCCGCUCUAGCUCUCGGCAGCGUUGGCGCAGACCGCUGGACUCCCGCCGGACGACAGGCCAGAAGCAAAGCUAUCCGCACCUUGCAAGAAUUUUCGACGGACCCGGACCCUAUCGUAGCGGAGUCCUGCAUUGUGGCUCUCAGCAAUAUUGAGUGGGAAACGGGCGUCUCCAACGACCAGUUGCUGGAUUGA